AUGUCGUCAAUCCCUUCUAACAAAUUCUUGCCGAGUCCAAAGACCGUGGCAAUAGUAGGAUGUCCGUUUAGCGGCGGUCAGUCAAAACUUGGCGUAGAUAAAGGUCCUAUCCACCUCGUCCAGGAAGGACUCAUCGACCAAGUCGAACAACUUGGAUGGCGAGUCGUUUUCGAUGGGCACCACCAAUUCGAGGAUAUUUCUACCCCACCCAAUGACAUCCAACCUAAUGGCACCAGUGAUGCAGCUGUUAAAACGGCAUUAGACGCAUCUAUUGCAAGGCUCAGAAGCCCUCUGCUCGUUGCACAGGUCUGCGAGAGUGUCGCAUCUGCAGUACAGGCUCAUGCAGAGAUGGGUCACCUCGCCGUCACCCUUGGCGGAGACCAUUCCUUAGCCAUGGGCACUAUCUCAGGAACCCUGAGAGCAUAUGAUCAAGCUUGUGUCAUCUGGAUAGAUGCUCACGCGGAUAUCAAUACAAUCCACUCUACCGAUAGCGGAAACAUUCACGGCAUGCCCCUCUCCUUUCUCCUCAAGCUCAACCCCCCUGCUCCGUCUCCAGACUCAGUCCUUGCAAAGUUUGACUGGGUCUCUCACCUCCCUGCUGAGCGUCUCGUAUACAUCGGUUUGCGGGACGUGGACAAGGGCGAAAAGGAAAUAUUGAGGAAACACAGCAUCAAGGCCUUCAGCAUGCACGAAGUCGAUCGCUACGGCAUUGGUAAGGUGGUCGAAAUGGCGCUCGACCAUGUCAACCCACAAAGAGACCGUCCUAUUCACCUGAGCUUUGAUGUCGACGCACUCGACCCGAGCGUUGCGCCUAGCACGGGAACACCAGUGCGCGGUGGGCUCACCUUCCGUGAAGGACACUACAUCUGCGAGGCGAUUCACGAGACUGGGUUGCUCGUCGCGUUUGACUUAAUGGAGGUUAACCCUGCGCUUGCAGAUGCUGAGAGUGUACGCCAGACCGUGACGGUGGGGUGCUCAUUGGUCCGUUCUGCUUUGGGUAAGUCGUCCGUUACUGCCACGUUUACUGUUUGCAUUUUUAAAUGA